AGAAGAUGGACAAGAGGAAGCCUGGGCGACGUCGAGCCUCAUCAGAAAUUGUCACAGAAGGAAAAAGGAGAAAGUCUUCAUCUUCUGAUUUACGUGAGUGUAAAAGUGAAGAUAUUUAAGUUCUGAACAAAUGAUUUCAAACUGUGGCUACAGCCUCUAAAUUCAUUCAUUCAUUUAUUCAGCAUAUCAUGAGCCAUGCACUUUGGAGAUACAAAGUUUCGGAUAACAAAGAUGUUAAAUGCAAAACCAGAGGAUAUUCAUGUUCAGUCGUCACUGUCCAAACUCAGAAGCUCAGAACGCUGGAAUCUCCCUUUGCAGGAGUUGAAAAGAAGCCUACGAAAUAAGGUUAUCUCUCUAGACCAUAAAAGUAAAAAAGGUGUCUGUGGGCAUCCUGUCACUUCUAAGGCAUCAUCAGAAAGGCAACUCAAAGUUAUGUUGACGAAUGUCCUAUGGACGGAUUUAGGACGAAAAUUCAGAAAGACCCUACCUAGAAACGAUGCUAAUUUAUGUGAUGCCAACAAGGUGCAUUCAGACUCCUUGCCUUCGACAUCUGUUGACAACCUAGAGGCAUGUCAAAAAUUAGAACCUCUUCACCAAAGCCUUAAUUUAUCUGAAAGGAUACCCAGAGUUAUAUUGACGAAUGUCCUGGGAACGGAGUUAGGAAGAAAAUACAUACAGACCCUACCUGUAACUGAGCACAGUAUGGGUGAUACAGACAACUUGCAAUCAGAGCAACUUUCUUCAUCACCUGAUGGCAACCUAGAAUCUUGUCAAAAUCUAAAUCCUCCCAAGAGCUGUUUUUUAUCUGAAAGGGGUUCACAAUCAAGUAAGACGACAGUAAAUAACAAAUCUGCAAAGCAGGCUGCACACACUAAAGAAAAGCAAAGAGAUGAUGAUGGCAUUUCUCUUGUAAUGUCUGAUACUCAGCCUAAAGACUUUAAUAGUGGAAGUAGAGGUUGUGAUCAUCUUGAAGAGGGGAGCAGAAACAAGGAUGAUACAUAUUCUGAUUCAGAAAUGGAACCCACUCUAAUUUCCAGGAAGAUAAAGAAAAGGCUUAGAAGUAAUUUAUCUGAUUCUCAUAAUUCUGCUUGUUCUCUGGAGAAGUCAACAGAACAGACAAAAGAACAAGAAAAUGACUCAACAGUAUCCACUGAGUUUGAAAAGUCAAGUGAAAACUAUCAUCAGGACCCAAAACUGCUUGAAGAAAUUUCACCUGAACCUGUAGAAAAUGAUUUUACUAAACCAUCUUCGCUCAGUAGUCAGGAGUUGGCUUUGAGUGCUGCCCCCAAAAGUGCCUCUGACUGUGCAACCACUGGAACAUUUGAGAGCCCUGCUUCCAGUAAUACUGUGGGGAAUUCACCCCUGGUUGAAAAGGGUGAGAAUGAGUUGAAUACAAUCGAAAAGCCUCUUCUAAGUGGACACAGUGAAGGGAACCAUUCGUUGAUCUCAGCUGAACCAAUUGUUGUUUCCAGUGAUGAAGAAGGACCUGUUGAACAUAAAAGUCCAGAAAUUCUUAAAUUACAACCUAAGCAAGACCAUGAGAUCAUUAAUGAAAAUGAGAGGACUUCUGAAUCAGCAUUGUCAGAACUACCUUUGAUUACAUGUGAAUCUGUACAGGCUGCAUCUGAAUUACGUCCUGUCAUGGAAAACAUUUCCUGUAUUAUGCCUGGUAAAGAGAUGGAUCUACAACUGGAUUUUAUGUUUACUUCUGUUUAUAUUGGAAAAAUAAAAGGAGCAUCUAAAGGUUCUGUUACAUUCACGACAAAGUAUGUUAAGAUUCCAUUUCAAGUGUCCCUCAAUGAAGUUUCAUUGCUAGUGGAUACUACGCAUUUAAAGAGGUUUGGGUUAUGGAAAAGUAAAGAUGAUGACCACAGUAAAAGGAGUCGUACUAUCCUUUUCCUCUGGGUUUCUUCAAAUUAUCUUCAAGAGAUUCAGAUCCAAUUAGAAAAUUCUGUAUUAAGCCAGCAAUCAAAAUCCAGUGAAUUCAUUUUCCUUGAGCUACACAAUCCUAUUUCACAAAGAGAAGAAUUGAAAUUGAAAGAUAUUAUGACAGAAAUAAGUACGACCAAUGGAAAAUUAGACCUUUCUUACCCGUUGUCUUGGGUUCAGGCAUUUCCUUUGUUUCAGAGCCUCUCUUCAAGAGAAAGUUCUUUUAUUCAUUAUUACUGUGCUUCAGCUUGUUCUUUCCCUACUGCUGCUGUUGAAGAAAUGAAGGUGAAGUCAGUGUCUCAGUCCUCAAGUGUAGAUGCAGCCAAGCCUACUUACACCUUCCUACAGAAGCAAAGCAGUGGUUGCUACUCACUUUCUAUUACAUCUAAUCCAGAUGAAGAAUGGCGAGAAGUCAGGCACACUGGACCUGUUCAGAAGUUGAUUGUAUAUCCUCCACCACCUACUAAAGGGGGAUUAGGAGUAACUAAUGAAGAUCUGGAGUGCUUAGAAGAAGGAGAAUUUCUUAAUGAUGUAAUCAUUGAUUUCUAUCUUAAGUAUCUUAUAUUGGAGAAGGCAUCAGAUGAACUUGUUGAACGAAGUCACAUUUUUAGUAGCUUUUUCUAUAAGUGCUUGACAAGAAAGGAAAAUAAUUUAACAGAAGAUAAUCCAAAUCUCUCAAUGGCACAGAGAAGACAUAAAAGAGUAAGAACAUGGACUCGUCAUAUAAACAUUUUUAAUAAAGAUUACAUCUUUGUGCCUGUAAAUGAGUCGUCUCACUGGUAUCUUGCAGUCAUUUGUUUUCCAUGGUUAGAAGAAGCUGUGUAUGAAGAUUUUUCACAAACUGUGCCCCAGCAAUCCCAGGCUCAGCAGUCUCAACAGUACAACAAAACAAUAGAUAAUGAUCUACAUACUACUUCAACACUAUCCUUGGGUGCAGAGGAUUCCCAAAGUACCGAGAUGAAUAUGUCUGUACCAAAGAAAAUGUGUAAAAGGCCAUGUAUUCUCAUACUUGACUCCUUGAAAGCUGCUUCUAUACAAAAUACAGUUCAGAAUUUACGAGAGUAUUUAGAGGUAGAGUGGGAAGUCAAACGGAAAACUCAUCGUGAAUUUAGCAAAACAAGCAUGGUGGACCUGUGCCCUAAAGUUCCUAAGCAAGAUAAUAGCAGUGAUUGUGGAGUGUAUUUACUGCAAUAUGUGGAAAGCUUCUUCAAGGAUCCUAUUGUUAACUUUGAACUUCCAAUUCAUUUGGAGAAAUGGUUUCCUCGUCAUGUAAUAAAGACCAAACGGGAAGAUAUUCGAGAGCUUAUUUUGAAACUUCAUUUACAGCAACGGAAGGGCAGCAGUAGUAGUUAAUCUCUGUAAACAUGACACAGAUGUUCUACAAGAUUACUGGAAAGCUGCUUACCAGCAUUUGCAUUAGCCAGCUCACAAAGAAGAGAAGUAACUUGGAGUAGUUUUAUUUUAUAAAUCAUUGAACAUUAUUUAAAAUAUAUAAGAUUUAUUAUUAGAAUUGUUGGGAUCUCAGACAUGGGGAGGGAAUUGGGGUGAUGUAGAUAAACUUACUAAAUAGAAAUUAAAAUUUCAUAAAUAUUUGAUAUUUUUCUGAGUGAAUAUGCUUGGAUUAUGCAAUAGCAUAUGUAAGGUGACAGUGUUUUUGUAGAUAAUAAAACGAUGUGAUCUGUACUUCCUCAUGACUGGGAGUUGAAGGGAGUUAGGCUCUUCCUGGUGCCAGCCCCAGUGCUUGUCAAUUUUGUUGACAAGUCACAUCAUAUUGUAAUUCUGUUCUUUGCAGCUCAAGCAUGCAGUAUGAAUACUGUGUAUUUUUUUUUUUUUUUUUUUGAAGAAUUUAGUAUCAAGCCUUCAGAAAAUGCCAUUUACGGCAUCCCUUCUGUAUAGUGUAAAAGAAGACAUUCAUAAUGUUAGGAAGAUGAAAAAUACUCAUUCUUUCAAAGUAAAAAUUCAUUCUUUCAAAGUGCAGCUUAUCAUGUUUCUCAGUUGCUAAAUGGAAUUUACAAUUUCUGCUCUAACUGUGAUUUUUUUUUUUCCAUUUCUUUUGACAUCGUAUGUGGGGAUUUGAGAAUUAAUUGAUUCAGGGUGACGUUUGGAAUAAACUAAAAAACUGGAUUUUUUUCUAUUUCUUUUUUAUGGUUUUCUUUCUGAAAUUAGAGAAACAAAGUAAAAGAAAUACCAAAAAAAAAAAAAUUAGCUA